AUGGCUCCUCGGGGGUUGUGUCAUGGCUGUUGGGAUGAGGGACAUGCAUGGCAGCGAUGUCCUCAUCGACCUAAGGGAGGCAUUCCGGCAUUCUUAAAGCGGGGGGGUCGUGGGUCCAACGGCAAGGCACAGGUGGCGGAUGAGGAGGAGCAGGAUGACAAGGCAGAGGCAGUGGUUGGAGAAGCAGUUGCAGCAGUGGGAGAGGAGCAGCCGCGAGAGGGGUGGUGGAUUGACAGUGGGGCCAGCCACAACUUUACUCCUUAUGCAUCGGACUUCAAAAGUAAGCUUCAACCACCAGAGGUUCGGGGAGUUAGAUUGGGAGAUGGACGGGUGGUGAAAGCUGUUGGCAUGGGUGAGGUGCCAGUGGUUGGUGCUGGAGGUCAGCUGCUGAGGAUUCAAAAGGUCCACCUUGUGCCUGAGAUGCACACGCGUCUGCUGUCAGUCCCACACCUCACCUCUCGAGAUGUCAUUGUCACAUUCAAAGGCAAGAGAUGUGUCCUUCAAUGGGGGGAGCGGGUGUUGGCGAUUGGAGAAAAGGAGAGGGGAAGGGACCAUGGAUUGUCGGCUCGGAAGCCGUUUCCCCAUGAGGCGUCUCGGGCACUUGGGCCUUUGGAUGAGGUCCACAUGGAUUUGUGGGGGCCGGUGCGCACACCAUCACUGGGAGGAGCGGUGUAUGUCCUCAGUCUCAUUGACGACUUCACCAGACGAGUUUGGUCGUUCCCCCUCCCCAACAAGGAAUCGGCCAUAGUUGCAAAAGUCCUUCGCCAGUGGCAUAAGGACGUGGAGUUGGAGUGUGGGCGGAAGCUGAAGGCUGUUCGCUCGGACAGGGGUGGCGAGCUCUUGGGGGAAGCUGUAAAAGCAUGGAAGGCGGAGUUUGGCAUUAAAACUCAAUUGAGCGUCGCAGAUACACUGCAACAGAAUGGGGUUGUGGAGAGGUGGCACAGGACGAUGGCAGAGGGGAUUCGCACAUUGUUGGUCGACAGUGGUCUCCUUGCUCGCUUGUGGGGUGAAGCAUUGAUGUGGGUCGUGUGGGUUAAGAACAGGGUCACCCACAGUGCUUUGCCUGCCUCCAUCACACCAAUGGAGGCGUGGUCCGGCCAGAAGCCGCAUGUGGGCAUGGCUCGGAUUUGGGGUUGCAUGGGGAGUGUCAUGUUGCAUGGGCAUGAGAAGGGUGGCAAGCUUGAUGCACGGGCUGUCAUGUGUGUCUGUGUUGGGGUGGACAUGGAGAGCAAGGGUUGGCGCAUGCUGGACCCUUCUAUCAUGCGCAUUCGCAUUGCUUGGGAUGUUGAUUUCCUUAAGAAUGUGAUGUGGAAGGAUUGGGACAAGGCAAAGGAAUUUGGGGAGCUUCUGCAGGAUGCAGUUGCAAUUUCCCAACUCCUCCCUCUUCCACUCUCGCCACCUUUAGCAACGGCUGACGACGUUGAGAUGCCACUUUCACCACUGCCACCGGCACCGCUGAGUGUGUCGGUGCAGCAGCAGCCCACCCCUCUGCAGCAGCUCAGUGGCCCCUCGGUCAUUCAGCGGAGAUCCGCUACACAGGCUACUUCCUCUUCCUCCUCCUCUGGUCAGCGCUCUAUCCCUCUCUCUACGGGUGCCCCUCCGUCACCAGCGACUACCUCCCCACCACCGGUUACGGGUUUGCAGGUGCUUGGUAUCCAGUCUAGUACAGGUGGUGAGGAGGUAGGGGAGGAUGCUGGUGUGGUUGAGGGCAUGCUAUGUUUGGCCAGGGAGGUGGAAGGUGUUGCACUGGCAGGUGUGAGCACAGGUGAUGUCCCACGCACACUCGCUGAGGUCCUGCGUGGCCCUGAGGGCCCUGCGUGGAAGGCAGGCGCUGAGAAGGAGGUAAAUGCAAUGCGCACUAUGGGUGUCAAGGAGGUGCUUGCUCAGAGGUACCAGAUGAAGGAUCUAGGUGAGGUAUCCAUGUACCUUGGUGUGGAGGUUCGCAGGUCGGUCAAGGAUGGGUGGUUGGAGAUUGGUCAGGAGAAGUAUGUCCGUGGUCUCCAGGGAAGGUUUGGUGAUCUGCUGAAGGAGACCCAUAGGGUGCAUACUCCAAUGUCACCCAAUGAUCUCUCUAAGAUCAGGAAUGGUACUUGGUCAACUGAGGAAGGUGUUGCAGCUGAUGUCAAGGUGUACCAGAGUCUCAUUGGCAGCUUGAUGUAUGCUGCUGUGACCACCCGUCCUGACAUGUCUUUCACUGUUAACACCCUUGCACAGUCCUGCGUGGCACCAAGACGCAUUCACAUGCGCGCUGCACUGAGAGCACUCAGCUUGCAGCUGCAUGAGAACCUGGAGCGCAUCGGCAUGCGAGUGAUUGCUGCGAAGGCCAAGGCUUCAUUCGCUGGAGGGGUUGUAUUUUGA